AUGAAGGCUCUGGAUCUUGGCUUUCUCUACCUUCUCCUUGAAGUGAAUGAAGCUAUAAAAUAUACAAAAUGUGAACUAUAUGAAGAACUUCUGAAACAUGGACUUGAUGGUUAUAAUGGCAUUGGCAUAGGACACUGGAUGUGCUUGGUCUUGUUUGCCACUCAGUAUGACACAAGUCACUAUGAGUUCACACAGGGUCACCCAUAUUAUGGAGUAUUUUACCUCAGUGGCCGAGUAUGGUGCACUAAUGAGAGGCAUCUCUCAAUGAACCUAUGUAAAAUAGACUGUGAAAAGUUUCUAGAUGACAACCUCAAAGAUGACGUUGAAUGUGCUAAGAAAGUUGCUUCCACCAAAGGGGGAAUGCUGUCUUGGAAACCUUUUUCAGAUUACUGCAGACAUCCAAUGCCAGAAAUAGUGUACUGGGAGUGUAUAACAGAGUGA